UUCAGUUUUUACAAAACAAAUAGUAAAUUUAUGCCAAAUAUAACCUAUUAAAAAUAAAUCGUACCGAACGAAUGAAAAACAAAAUUCUUGAUUUGAAUUCACAAUUUACACCAACUAUUAAAAUAUUGUUGCACCAUAAGAAUAAAUAUAAUGGCUAAGAUUAAAACACAAGAUAGACCGAUAAAAAUAAGGAACAAAAUUUUAAAUUCCGGUAAUACUAAAAAAGAAAGUACAUUAAAAAUGCCAGUAUUAAAUAUUACUGCAGUUUUAUGCAUUGCCAUAGCUAUGUGGUUUAGCUAUAAAGGAUACCUUGAAACCAGAGUAAAUGCACCAUAUGAUGUAGAAAAGCUAGUUACAGCAACCGGAUUAGAAGUUGCAGACAGAUAUUGGGGCACGUAUAGGUCAGGUGUAUACUUUGGUUUGAAAACCAGAGAUCCACAUUCUUUGGUGACAGGAUUGAUGUGGUAUUUCCCACAUCUGUUGCGUCAAGAUGGUAGUGGCCUUCGACAUUGGUGUGAACAAGGAGAUAGAUUAGACAAAUAUGCCUGGUUAGAACAUGAUGGAAGAUCUUUUGGUGUCCAGGAAAUAGUGGAUAAUUCUGCUGUUUUAAAUACUACAUUUGUCAAGAGACCUGGUGGUACACAUGGAGGAGAUUGGACAGCAAGAAUUGCUGUAACAUCUGAAAAUGGAAUGAGGGAUGGGGAAGAAAUUUCAUUACUUUUUUACACUGCCAUUGAGGAACAUACCAAGGGAUGGAUUAAAGCUAAUCUUGGUGAUGAGAACCAUAUAACAGGCUUAGGAGGAAACACCCAAGGAUUGGGCUCCUUUACCAUAGAUUUUAAUGUAAUACACGGGACUGUAGAAGAGCACUCUUUUUUGUCAACUGUUGCCCCUGGGUUGAAUCUAUUGAAAGAAACUGUGCUUCAAAACCUUAGAAUAGCAUCUCAAAAAGGUUCUUCAAAGAAACAUAUAGUUCUAGCAGGUGAACAAAUACCAUUAUCGUCUGAUGAAAAAAAUAAAAAUCCAAAUUUUAUUGUAACCCAAAUAACAGGAAAAAUUCCUUUCGAAAUCGAAGUCAGUUACGAGUCGGGUAGUUUUAUAAAUAGGAUCGAUAAAUUAACUGGAAAAAAUUACGAUCGUACUUUGGAAAAGCAACGAAAAUUAUUCGACACGAAAUUCGAAGAAAUAUUUAAAUUGAGAUCGAAAGGUUACACAGAAGACGAAAUUGCAUUCGCGAAAAUGGCACUGUCGAAUAUGUUAGGCUCCAUAGGCUAUUUCUAUGGAAAUUCACAAGUACAGAGCCAAUAUACUAAAGGACCUGUGCCUUAUUGGAAAGCACCUUUGUAUACCGCUGUACCUAGUAGAAGUUUCUUUCCACGAGGUUUCUUGUGGGAUGAAGGAUUCCAUGGCUUACUCAUAGCAGCCUGGGACUUAGAAAUCGAAUUAGAUAUCAUAAAUCAUUGGUUUGAUUUGAUGAACGUCGAAGGCUGGAUUCCGAGAGAAAUGAUUUUGGGUCAAGAAGCUCUAGCGAAAGUCCCAGACGAGUUCGUGACUCAAAUAAAUACGAAUGCUAAUCCUCCAACGUUUUUCUUAACUUUGGAUUUCAUUCUUAAACACAAUCGUAAGGAAAUGUUGAAUAAACAUUAUGAAUUUCUCGAUAGAUUGUAUCCUCGCCUUCAAGCAUGGUUUAAUUGGUUUAAUACUACGCAAGUUGGAGACUUGCCAAGUACAUACAGAUGGCGAGGUAGAGAUGGAACUACCAAUAGAGAACUAAAUCCAAAGACACUCACAUCUGGAUUAGACGAUUAUCCUAGAGCCUCUCAUCCAAACAUCGACGAACGACACGUUGACUUACGUUGCUGGAUUGCAUUUGCCGCCGAUAUUAUGUUUCAAAUUAGCGAAAUUUUAAAUCAUCCGAACGAUAAGUAUCACGAGACCUACCAAUAUUUAUCAGAUAAUGAUUUAUUAAAUGCUCUACAUUGGUCCCCAAAUACGCAAAUGUAUGCUGACUUUGGAUUGCAUACUGACAAAGUAUCUUUACGAAGACCAGUUCCACCUCCAAGAUCGCAUGCACAAUCGUCAGAGAUGAUACGGAUUGUCUCGGAAGAUCCAACUUUAAGAUACGUGGAUACAUCUUUCGGUUACGUUUCAUUGUUCCCAUUUAUUUUGCAAAUAAUUGGCCCUGAGUCGCCACAGUUAGGCAAAAUAUUACAGGACUUAACGAAUCCCAAUCUUUUGUGGACGAAAUAUGGUUUACGCUCGCUUACAAAGACAUCGCCAUUAUACAUGAAAUAUAAUACUGAACACGAUGCUCCUUAUUGGCGAGGAGCUAUUUGGAUGAAUCUAAAUUAUUUAACAGUACGAGCGACACGGUAUUAUUCCAAUAUCGAAGGUCCUUAUCAGGACAACGCAAAAACUGUUUAUCAGAAUUUAAGGAAGAAUUUAAUACAGAACGUCAUCAAGCAAUACAAAAAAUCUGGAUACAUGUGGGAAAACUAUGGAGAUACUCUAGGAGAAGGCAAGGGUAGUCACCCGUUCACUGGUUGGACUUCUUUAGUUGUGCUACUUAUGGCAGAAAUUUAUUAAUUGUAGAGUUAUAUAUUAUGUAUACUUACUUCCAUGAGUACUACUUUAAUAAUAGCGAAAUCAAAAGACAUUGUUUCCAUAAAAUACGAGAAGAAAAAAAGAAUUUAAAAAGGAGAUUUAGAAAGAUUUUCAUAAAAUACAAGUAUACAGAGUGGAUCAUUAAAAUACGAAUCCUAAAACAUUUCUGUUGCUUUUAAGAAAUUAUAAGAAACAUUGCAAUAGAGAUGCAUUAAGCUACACAGAAGCAUGUUUGAACACUCACUUAUAACAUGUAUUAUAAUCACAUAAAGUUUAUUAUGUGUGAAGACUAUUUUAAUUAUGAACUUAAGUAUAAGUAAACAUUGCAAUAAUACUUGAGUCUGUACAAAAUAAAAUUGUCUAUAAUUUCUAUAUUUUUAACACCA